CCACUAAAGAAGGUCGAUCCCUUUUGACUCCACAGGCUAACGACCUGUAAAUCUGGGGGAGGGGAAUGAUAUACAUGCUCUUGUGGGGUAGUACCAUCCCGGUACCUACAAACCUAACCCUGCCCCUCCUCAAGCUGCAUACCUUCUACGUAACUCUCCGGCGUGGGCAGGUAUCGAAGACUGAGGCCCCUCAAUCACUCCAUCGAUCAGUCCUCCAUCGGCCCAUAGGUUCAAAUUCCUCGCUUGAUUUUGUCUGGCCAUUUCCCAAUCCAAUCUCUUCUUUCGUUUUUCAAAGAGACCAUCCACUUAGUCACAACUCACAAGUCAGUUGACCUCGACCACAAAGCGAUUGAAUCCAUCUCUUUUCCAUAUUCGACAUUUCAAUAUAAGCUUCUCGAGCCCUAGAAACCUAAUUCUCUUUAUUCAGCAAUUAGCCUCUAAAUAUCUUGACAUCUAGACAUUCAUCAGUAAUCAUCAUUUCUUUUUAAACACGUAAUCAAUUACCUUCAAUCAUGGCGCACAAGACUUCUGCAGUGGCCGAUGAGCCCAUUGAGGUACUUUUCGCCCUUCAUCCCAAAUUUGACUUGUUGGACUUCGCUGGACCUCUCGAGAUCCUCGACUGGGCACGUCAUGACAAGAACGACGAAAGCACGAAAGCUUUCGAUUGCACGAUUGCUGCAGCCGAACCAAAGGUACUCUCUGAACAGGGAGUUGUCAUUGGUGCCCAGAUUACAUACAAGGAAGCUCACGAGCGUCUCAAUGACUUUGACGUGCUCAUCGUCGUAGGUGGCAACCAUGAUGCUAUCCUGAAGGAGAAAUCCGAACCCCUCCCUAUCAUCGAAGCCUUCGCAGAACUCCAGAGAAAUGAUUACACACGAGAACGCACAUUGAUGUCUGUGUGCACCGGUUCCAUCUUGCUGGCCGAGGCGGGUAUCCUAGCAGGCUUGUCCGCUACAACCCACCCAGACUACAUGACCAAGUUUGAGAUUGUCUGCAGUAAUGCAGCUCAACGUGAUCUGCAAGAGAGAACCGAUGUCGUAGAAGAUGCUCGAUAUAUCGUGAACAACCUUCGUUUCGAUCUCGGAGACGAGGAUGAGAACCCCUACAUUCGUCGCAAGUCGGAUGCUGGAAGACGCCCCUCUGCGGCGCGAAAGGGAAGUAUCUCGUUUAAAGGCUCAAACGGACGUCGUGAGUCCAUGGCUCGUCGCGCCGCGAUGCGUCUAGGCGGGCUUCGGGUCAUCACGGCUGGGGGAAUAUCUGCUGGCCAGGAUGCAGCCCUGUACCUGGUCAGCAUCCUCGUCGACGAGGACACCGCCAACGAGGUGGCCCGAUUCGUUCAGCACGAAUGGGUUAAGGGUACUAUUGUCGAUGGUCUUGAUGUCUAGAAGUUACAUAUCUAGAUUUGCUAGAAAGGGAACUACAUAAAGGGUUUAUUAGUGUAUGGAUGUGACAGGAUCUUGCUCAUGUAUUCAAGUUUCAAAAAAGGGAUUAAAAAGUCCUAGAUGAUUAAAUACCUAACCUAGCUACGAAUGAAUAAAUAGUUAAAAGUGAA